AUGAAAAGCAAUACUAACACCACAGUUCGUGGAAUUGGAAUCGUGAUUUUGUUUUCACAGUAUGCAUUUCUAUCCGCCACGGCCGCAGAUUGCUCCACUGUAACUGCCCUCGUCUCUUCCUGUUCCAGCUUCAUCGCCAGCGGUUCGCUAGACUCGUUUCUUGGAUCCCCGUGCUGUGUUGCCAUGACAAGCCUGAGCAAUCUUGCGGAUCCAGGCUACAACCGUCGUGCGGUGUGCUGGUGUUUGAUGGAACUUAUCACAACUAACAACCUAAAUGCCCCAGCAAUUGCCGCUUUGCCUGGCUUGUGUGGAGUUUCUCUUGGCUUCACUAUCGAUCCCUACACCGACUGCCAAUAG